AUGUCUUCUCUAUCACGUCGUGCCUGCUACAAGUGUGGCAACGUCGGCCACUAUGCAGAAGUCUGCACCUCGUCUGAGCGACUGUGCUACAAUUGCAAACAGCCUGGUCACGAAUCCAACCAGUGCCCAUUGCCUCGCACUACAGAAACUAAACAAUGUUAUCAUUGCCAGGGUCUGGGCCAUGUCCAGGCUGACUGUCCCACCCUGCGCCUUAGCGGUGGUCCCGCGGGUGGUGGUCGCUGCUACUCUUGCGGACAAAUUGGCCAUCUCGCCCGCAACUGCCCAACACCUGGCGCAGCACCUGCUACACGCGGUGGUCGGGGUGGCUACAGCGGUGGCUUCCGCGGCGGCUACAACGUCGUCAACAAUCGCGCUGCCACUUGCUACAAGUGCGGUGGACCCAACCACUAUGCUCGCGACUGUCAAGCACAAGCCAUGAAGUGCUAUGCUUGCGGCAAGCUUGGUCAUAUCUCAAGAGAUUGCACCGCUCCCAACGGUGGUCCACUAAAUGCUGCCGGAAAGACUUGCUAUAAAUGUGGCCAGCCCGGCCACAUCAGCAAGGACUGCACUUCGGUUGAAACCAAUGGUUCGACUGCUGCUGUGCCCAAUGGAACGUCUGCUGAUGCUCCCGCAGCUGCACCCGCAGCGGAUGGCUCCGACAUCAAUUUGGCUGCCGCGGCUACCGCGGCGGUCGCGUAG